AUGACCUCAGCUUGCUGUGCUCUGGCUCUGCCUGUACAGGCAGACACGUACGGGCUCUGUGGGCAGCCCAGCAGGGAAUCUCCCAACCAGGCGGCUGCCCAGGGGACAGGGACCGCGGCGUCUCUGCUGGAGGACAUCUCCCCCCGCGAUGUCUUCAUCGCCGUCAAGACCACCAAGAAGUUUCACAAGGCGAGGCUGGAGCUGCUGCUCGACACCUGGAUCUCCCGCAAUCGCGACAUGACCUUCAUCUUCACGGAUGGGGAGGAUGAGGAGCUGAAGAAGCAAGCACGAAACGUCAUCAACACCAACUGCUCGGCUGCCCACAGCCGCCAGGCCCUGUCCUGCAAGAUGGCCGUGGAGGACGCCAAGUGGUUCUGCCAUGUGGACGAUGACAACUACGUGAAUGUGCGGACGCUGGUGAAGCUGCUCUCCAGCUACCCCCACACGCAGGACAUCUACAUCGGGAAGCCCAGCCUGGACCGGCCCAUCCAGGCUACGGAGAGAAUCAGCGAGAACAAGAUGCACCCUGUGCAUUUCUGGUUUGCCACGGGUGGAGCGGGGUUUUGUAUCAGCCGGGGGCUGGCGCUGAAGAUGAGCCCGUGGGCCAGCGGGGGCCACUUCAUGAGCACCGCGGAGAAGAUCCGCCUGCCUGACGACUGCACCAUCGGCUACAUCAUCGAGUCCGUGCUGGGGGUGAAGCUCAUCCGGAGCAACCUCUUCCACUCGCAUCUGGAGAACCUCCACCAGGUGCCCAAGGCGGAGAUCCACAAGCAGGUAUCCCUGUUUCGCUCCGUGCACUGCCUGCUGUACCCUGACACGCCGUGGUGCCCCGCCAACGUGGUUUACUAG